AUGGCGAUGAUCCAAGUUGGCCUGCUUUAUGCCAUGCUGGCCACGUUGUCAACGCAGGAGUUGCGUGAUGUUUAUGGCUUCGUGAAGCUGGACAUGCCAUGGGUUCUAGUGGAGCUUGUCAUCCACGCAAUGAUUGCCAGACGAGCUAUGGAUUUUGAAGUUCCACAAGAUCUGCGGUGUGUUGAAUUCUUUGCUGGCUCAGACAGGUCGUCUCAAAUUGCCAAAGCCUUCACAGAGCUUGGCUUUGCUGCCCUUGCCUUCGACCUUCUUCGAAGCGAGACACAUGAUUUGACAUCCACAAAUGGGCUAAUCGCUUCAGUAGUGGUCUUGCUGUCGAUGACUUGUGGUGGCGUUUGCCAUUUGGGGACUGUUUGCACGAGCUUCAAUUUCAUGAACAGUGGAACCCACCGGAGAUCGAUAGCUUUUCCAAUGGGUUGGCAGCAUUUCCCAUACAUGGAGCUUGGCAACGUGCUCGCUGCCAGAUCUGCGGUGCUUGCCCUUUUGGCUUGGGCUAUGGGCGCCUUUCCUGUUCUGGAGCAACCUCUUCGGUCAGUGAUGACUGCAUUGCCUUCGUGGCAAUCAGUCGUGGCCUACUUCGAUGAAGCUGAAUGUUCAGGUUGGAUUGGGCAGAGGCUCAAGCUUAACCAUGUCAACAUGGCAGCCUUCAAUGCAGCCACUUUAAAGCCUACUGCUUUGUAUUCCACGGAAUCCUUUGACCCCCUGAUGAACAUGAACGUGCCGCCCAAACACAAACGACCCAAACCUCAAGCUCCUACGACAUAUCAGUAUGAGGAUGCCCGUGGACGUAAAAAAGUGGCUGGAGGUUCUGGGCUGAAGCAGACGCAGCUCUACACUCCAGAAUUUGGCAGGGCAUUGGCUUCAUGGUGGGCUUCGCAUGGUCCAACAUCGACAGGGAGGGAAAGGCGGCGAUGGUGCCUUCUGCAAAGCUCCAAUGUGUCUUUGGACACAAUGAAGGAGCACAUUGCAACCUACUCUACUCUUCAGCACUUCAACUUCGACGAGGGCCAUUUGGUGGAGGCAUUGCAGGAGCUUCGAAAUGCAUGGCGUGGAAAUUAUUAGGAGCUUGCUGCCUUUACAAUCUUUAAUGAGAUCAGCAUUGCAAGUGCCAAUUUGUGGGAAAA